UUCUGAGCGGAACGUGCUCUAAAGUGGGCGGAGCUUGUUGCGCCUCUGUUGUUGAGCUCAUGGUUGAAGCGACGUUCUGAAGAAGUAGCGGGAAUGUAAGAACGAGAAACACAUGAAGUACAGAUUGCUGAAGUAAUGGAGCAUUCUGUAAGACCCCGCCAUGUUGUAAUGGAGCGUUCUUUAAGACCCUGCCAUGUUGUACUAGACCGUUCUUUAGGACCCUGCCAUGUUGUAAGCACACAGUCUUCAAACAACAUGACAAAUGCUAUGAAGAAAUCCAAUGGGAAAUCUUCGGACUCUCCACCCUGCAGCUCUGCCACAAUGUCUUUUAUCAGAAAGUAUUGCUCGUCUGCGUCAGCUGAUGCUGGCUCGCUCAUGAACGAUAGCAAGGUCCGACAUCUCUCAGACCAGAAAUAUCUGGAAGACCUUGGAACCAUCUGCAGUCAGACACCAUAUUGCCUUUAUUUAUACCAUGGAGUUGAGCUCGAGGAGGAGAAGGUCAGUGUGAUCACAGUGGGCUUUUUUGACAAAGCUACAGGGGAAAACAAAAUCAGACUGCUCGAUGUUUUUAAACCAGAGGAAGAGACUGCAGAUGCCAUCUGCACCUGUAUUGUAGAGACUCUGAAGAAGUUCAAAAUACCCCUAAUGAACAUGGCCAUUAUCCAUUCAAAUUUCCCAUAUCAUGAACGUCUCCUCUCAGGUCUGAAGAUGCUGAAACCAGACAUCGUGUCUUUAUGUGGACUUGCAAAUAUGGCGGGACAUGCGUCUCACAGUGGUGUUUCGGAAAUGGAUUGCUCGGACCCGAUUCUGAACCUUAUCGUUGAGAUCUACAAACACUUUCCAGACUUCCCAGCUAUCCUAAAAAAAUCCCUAGUAGAUGUUGAUGGGUCAAUGUUGAAUCAGCACUUAGCGUCUCACUGCUCUCUCUUCUGGAGAAUAAUCAACAGAAUGACGAUAGUAUGGUCACACCUUGAGAAAUACUUUGAUGAAAGGGCCGAUGAAAAAACUAUCCAUCUCCUUCUUAGUGAUCCUAAAAUAAAACUCAAUGUCUUGUUUCUUAGGCAUGCUUUGCAACCACUUUAUUAUUUUCAGGAGAGUAUUAACCGAGGUGUCGGCGUCAUGCAGUUUCUCCAAGAUGCUUUUCAGUUACUAAAGUUUUACACGACGAGUUUCCUCAGCCCUAAAGCAGCAGAUUCAUUUCUUAAGAGAGGAAAGAUCUCAUUUCUGAAGGACACAGCUGGACAUUUACCUAGAGGAGAGGUCGACAUUGGCAAAGAUGCGGCUGACUUUCUUCUGAAAAAUGCUAAGGAGUUGACCGAUUUUUUGGAGGGUUUCCAUAAAUCUAUCAUCUCUUUCUACUCAACUGUUACUCUUGCUAUUGUGGGAUGUUUACCAUUACCGGGUUGUAUGUUGAGGAACGUGUCUUUGGUUUUGAGCCCAGGGAAAAAGCUUGAGGUGACUGGAAAAAUAGUCCAAGAUUUAGGUCUUUGUUUUGGAGUCUGCUCAGGGCCCGAGAAGCUUGGUUUGCUGACGGAUGAGUUUUUGGAGUACCAGCUCCUUGAUGAGGAAGACGUAUGCUUGGAUGAGCUGUCAAUGGAGCAGUACUGGAAGAGAGAGCUGAGGAUUAUGGGAAGGACAUCUUUUUUUGGGAAAUUAAUACUGAGCAUGUUGGCCCUACCCAGGACGUUGAAAAAAGAGAGCAUUUUUGAACAGCUGUUUCAUCACUUUAAAAAUGGAAACUUGGGACAGAGUGAGGAUGUAGACAUGAAAGAUGAUGAUGACGUCACAGACAGCAGCUCAUAUAAAAGCGCUCCCUCACAUCUCAGCACUGAGAAUCGUGGCAGCAUCACAUCCGAAGACGCAGAUGUGAUGGAAGUAGAGGCUGCUGCGUCAGUGUCACCUGCAUCACCUGAGUCAGAGAGCCAGUGUGACACACAAGUUAUAGAUGAUGAUGAUGAUGAUGACAUCCCUGAUGAUGACGACACCACCAGCAGCAGCAGUGAUGAUGACAAACCUGAGGAUGAUUCCAGAAAAGAUGAUGGUGAUAAUGUCAGGAGGAGUAAUGCUAAAAAAAGGAAAAGAAAUAUCUCAUUGAUGCAUAACAAACAGGAUGAAGCAAGUCAGCAUAACAAACAGGAUAAAGCAAGUCAGUACCAGGGCGAUUACACAGUUGGCGAAAUGGUUUGGGGACCUAUUGAAGGCUUCGGUCUCUGGCCUGGACUGGUUCAGAUCUGGGAUAGUGAAAAGCCCUGUGACUCCAUGCGUAAAGUGAUGUUCUUUGGUAACAAGAUGGUGUUAGAGAUCAGUGCAGAUGAUCUCCUGCCUUACUUUGCAUUUGCCAAGUGCUUCUGUUCAAACUCCUUUGCUACGGUAUCUACAUAUAAAGACGCAAUCUUCAGUUCUCUUCAGGUGGCAUCCAAACGCAGCCGAAUGUUUUUUUCUCCUGACACAGACAGUAAAGAUGAGCUGAUUCAAGUUAUGUUAAACUGGGCCUUUGGAGGCUUUAAGCCAUCAGGUGUAAAUGGGCUUCGACCUCCAUCAGAACUCAGUGAAACGGAUCUUACGCCACCACUGUUGAAUGGGAACGCAAGCUCCCCGAACCACAGACACCACCCUGAAAAAUUAUUCAACUUAACUGUAUCUCUAAAUAAACUCUCUGAAUCUCUGGACCUGAACAACGGCUCCAUAGACCUCAGGGAUAAAGACGUUUACAGGACACUCACGUCUCCCGAAAGGAAUCAGAGACCGUCUCAAAUCAGGAAGACACGGAAAAAGUACUUCUAUGCACGCCGGAAUAAACAUGAAAUUAUGCAGAGCAUGCAGGAGAUUGAAGGCAUGCAGGUCCGGCCGAGACAGAACAGCCAACAAAGAUAUGAAAUGGUGAAUGAAGUUUUAGCAAACAAUAGAAAUAUUGAAGAGUUCUGUUUAUCAUGUGGAAGUACAUCUGCUGAAACCAUUCACCCGCUCUUUGAAGGCAGCUUGUGCUCAACAUGCAAGUAUAACUUCACUGAGACGCUGUACACAUAUGAUGAAGAUGGAUAUCAGGCGUACUGCACUGUCUGCUGCUCCGGCACGGAGGUCAUUCUGUGCGGCCUCGACAGCUGCUGUCGCUGCUACUGCAUGGACUGUCUGGAUAUCCUAGUAGGUCCUGGGACUUUUAUAAAGCUGAAAGAAAUUGACCCAUGGGUCUGUUACCUGUGCGCACCGCAGAACGCCUCCGGAGCUAUGAGACCCAGACACGACUGGAGCAUCCGUGUACAGGAAUUAUUCACCAACAACAGCGGCUUGGAGUUUGAACCUCAUCGUGUUUACCCAGCAGUCCCUGCUAGCCAGCGACGACCAAUCAGAGUCCUUUCUUUAUUUGAUGGUAUAGCCACAGGAUGUUUAGCUCUACGGGAACUUGGCUUUAAAGUUGAACAAUACAUGGCAUCAGAGGUGGAUGAAGAGUCUGUUAUCGUGUCCAUGGUCAACCAUGAUGGAAAAAUCACGCAUGUGGAUGAUGUCAAAAAAAUUACUAAAGAGCAUAUUAAAAAGUGGGGCCCGUUUGAUCUUCUCAUUGGUGGAAGUCCUUGCAAUGACUUGUGCACAGUCAAUCCUCACCGGAAAGGCUUGUAUGAUGGUAGCGGGCGGUUGUUUUUCGAAUAUUAUCGGCUCCUGAAUAUUAUGAGACCAAAGGAUGACGACCCGCGGCCAUUCUUUUGGCUGUUUGAGAAUGUCGUGUUAAUGGAAAACAAGACUAAAAAUGCCAUAUGCCGCUUUCUAGAAUGUAACCCUGUGCUUAUCGACGCUGUAAAAGUCAGCCCAGCUCACAGAGCAAGAUACUUCUGGGGAAACAUACCUGGCAUGAACAGACCAAUCGUGCCCUCCAAGAGUGAUAAACUAACUCUUCAAGACUGCCUAGACGCUGGCCGAACUGCAAAGCAUGAAAAAAUUCGUACUAUUACCACACGGCCAAAAGCAAUGGGGCCGGGGUGCACUUAUAGUGAGUGCCCAGUCAUUAUGAACGGACAAGACGACAUUAUAUGGAUCACAGAAAUGGAGAGAAUAUUUGGAUUUCCGAAGCAUUACACGGAUGUGAGGAACUUGGGCCGUUUGCAGAGGCAAAGAGUUUUGGGGAAGUCCUGGAGCGUCCCUGUCAUUAAACAUCUAUUAGCACCACUGAAGGAUUACUUUGCUUGUGAUGAACUGAACUGAAGUUCUCGGACAGUGUGAAGACUUGGAUACAGAAGCGUUUUGUUACCUCACAUCUGCGGUGUUAGGCACUGCAACAUAAUUUUUUGAAGAUUAUCUGCUUUCUUGAAUUUUUUUAGCUGUAAUUUAUUUUAUUAAAUGUGACAUCAUAUCACAGAUACAAAUGUCAUUUUUUUUACAAAUGAACUGGCACAUUUAUUAAAUAUUUGAGUAAAUUGAACCAGUAAACCUGAUAAAAGCACCUGUCCUGUGACAUGCCAAUGUUGUACAUACUACAAUAAAUGCAGGAUUAAUUGGA